UCCUGACCUCAGGUGAUCCACCUGCCUCAGCCUCCCGAAGUGCAGGCAUGAGCCACCGCACCCGGCCCAGAAUAAUUUUUGUAAUGACAGUAUUACUUGGUAAGCAGCAAAACUUUGAAUUUGCCAUCUGAGGAAUUUAAAUGUAAUCUAUGCAAUUGAGUCAGAUUCUGCAUAGAUACUGAAGUAAAUUAAAGUUGGGCUUCUUCAUUUCCUUGUGGGCCCAAAUCUCUCUUUCCUGUUUGGUGAGUGCAGCACGGUGUUUCCUGCCGCAAGCUGGUGGAGCUGAGUAGCCCAUCAUGGUCCAUGAAUGGCUGCUGCUGGUGGCUGGAGAACACAUCACAUUUGGGGAUGUCAUCUGAAGUUUCUAGGCAUAUUCUCCUAGUGACUGUCCCAUUAAUGAAAACUGAGCUAUCAAGAGUCUUUCAUUGGGUAAUCUUUCCUUCAUUUGUGGUAGUUUAAAGAACUUUUACCUAGUGUCUUCUCAGUUCCUCCUCAUCUGCAUAAUAAACAGAUUGAUGAGCCAGGAGACCCUUAAUAGGCAAAAUAUAAAUAAAUGUAAACUUUGGCCCACCCUGUCAGAAUUAACGAAAAUAAUGAAGUUUAGAAUAGUGAGGUUUUAUUGUAGCAUUAUAAUUUCUGACUGGCGGGUUAAAAUUGUUUUGAAUAUUGUUUCAGGGGAAUGUGAGGUUUGAAGAAACAGAAUGUUUGCCACCAGGUGAGGUAAACUAUGCAUUUUUGUUUUAUCUUUUUGCUUAUAAGUCAGAGCUCUUUUCCUGGAGGUGCGAUGUUAUAAAAAUAGAAACUUAAUUAUGGUCGUAUGUCAUAUUUUAAAGUGUCUUGGAGAUUAAUUACUCAGAAACUAGUCUCAAGUUUUUGGAACUGAAAAUCUUUAGAUGGGAGCUGGGCACUGUGGCUCACACCUGUGGUGUCCCAGCUACUCAGGUUGGGGCAGAAGGAUUGUUUGAACCUAUGAGGUGGAGGCUGCAGUGAGCCCUGAUCAUGCAGCUGCACCACAACCUGGAAGUGGGCACGCUUGAGUUAAUGGCUUCAAGCAGAUUUUAGAGCAGUAAAAGUUGAGCGUACAAAUUUGCAGUGGUUGCAAACCCAUGCAUUGUAAUAGUUGUAGUUAGGCUUUUUAAAGUAACAGAGCUGACUUUUUGGGAGGAUAUUUUUAUUUGGUUUUUAAGAAAUUUCACUUUUGGCUGCUUACUGUUUUGGUGAGUUGGGGAAUCUGAGGGAAGAUUAACAGGUAGUUACAGAACACUUGUGGAAGGAAAUGUUUAAAGUCUCUUCUGAUGUCUGAAGCAUAGGUAUGUAUUACUGCUUUGCACAUAUCCAGUGUACUCCUAAGCUGGUAGAAAUGGCAUGUUGUCUGAUGUCUGAAGCAUAGGUAUGUAUUACUGCUUUGCACAUAUCCAGUGUACUCCUAAACUGGUAGAAAUGGCAUGUUGUCUGAUGUCUGAAGCGUAGGUAUGUGUUACUGCUUUGCACAUAACCAGUGUACUCCUAAACUGGUAGAAAUGGCAUGUUACCACAGUUCUCUGUUUCAUGGACUCCUGAGGGGGAAGUCCUUGAAGCCCUUUCUGGGGCUAAGAGGUAAAGAUGACUUCUGCAUAAUAAUAGUCUAAUAGUACAGGCCUUUUCUGUUGAGUUUGACAUUUGCACCAGUGGCACAGGGCAGAUUGGAGCCCUCUUCAGCACCGUGCAUGGGCACCAAAUGUUUAGAAUAUGCCAGUUUUCCCAAAUAAUGUCCCUGAUGAUGCAGUAAAUAUUAAUUUUAUUCAUUCGGAACCCUCGGAACCCGGAAACAUACAUCUUUUUUACUUUUGCUGUGAUUAAAUGUCAAGUUACAUAUAAAGCUUCUGCUGCAUCCCCACGUGGGUACUGUCCACGCACAGCCCUAGGGGAUUGAGCUGGGAGCUGAGUCGUCUCGGAAAUGCUAUCUGUCCCUGACAGAACAACAGACGGAGGACAGUUUUCAGACUCAGCUUGUGGCAGGCGUUUUGUCCAAAACGAGUGAUGUCUCAAAGAAAAAACGAACAUUAUUUGUUGCUAAGGAUAAAAUUUGAGCUUUGGGGUGAAAAUUGAAAUUUUAGAAAACUUGUACCUGCCAUUGUAAACUUGAUGGCUUUCUAGUAAUUAAAGUCUUCUUGGAGAUUGGACCCGACAUUAUCGGCCAGGUGAGGUGACUCACACUUGUAAUCCCAGCACUUUGGAGGCCGGAGGUGGGUAGAUCACUUGAUCCCAGGAGUUUGAGACCAGCUUGGGCAACAUAGUAAGACCCUGUCUCUACAAAAAAAAAUGCAAAAAUUACCUGGGCAUGGUGGCAUGCACCUGUAGUCCCAGCUACUGGGGAGGGUGAGGUGGGAAGACCGCUUUGAGCCUGGCGGUGGUGUGGGUGGGGGAGGUGCUGAGGCUGCAGUGAGCCUUGAUUGCACCACUGCACUCCAUCCUGGGCAACAGGAAAGAAAAAAAAUGUUUGUUUUAUGCUAUCCGGUGAGAUGUGUGGACAUUGAGAAUCUCUGUCUGUAACUUGAACCUGUGUCAUCCAGGUGACCAGCAUGCACAUGGGUCCAGAGUGCAAGGACAUGUUCAGAGUGAACACAGCAGUCAGUUUUCAUGAAAGAAAGGGAGAAGUUCCUUGACAAAGGCUUCAAAUUCUGUUUCAGCUAACUUUUAUGAAACUGCUACUUGGCGAGAGUUGGUGUAGUAUCAAUGAACAUCCAGUUAUGUGAAGAUGGUUACAAUACUCCAUUCUAAAGACCUAUCUGUGUGAGGCAAGAUUUUGAUGACGUGUUUUAGCUGAAACACUCCAUGGGAACAGAUUGAAGGCAGAAGUAGACAUGAACAUGGAGCUGUCUUCGGUUAUGCCAGAAAUUUGCAAAAAUAUACAACAGGGUCACUCUUCCUGUUCAUUUUUGUUUGUUUUAGAAAUAACUUUCAUUAAAGAUACUGUUAAUGUAUUAAUAGGUUUAUUUUUAAUACAUACUUAGAAUUUUGAAAAUAGCAAUACAUUCCACAUAAACAAAAGCUCUUUGGUGUUCUCAACUUGUAAAAGUGUCUUGAGACAAAAGGUUUGAGAGCCGCCAUUCAAGCAUUUGGAAGUCAGUGUGUGUCCUCUGCUUGAAUCACCGCUCGUCAGCUGCUUCUGGUUGAUAGAAAAUAAAGCAGUUUUCAGCUGGGGAAAAAAAAGUGCUUAGAAAUGUAGAAAUAUUUGGUACAUUCUGUUUUAACCUGUAGUUUGUUCACUUCCCAGUUUCAAGGAUACCCACAUUUUUCUUUCUGGGGAAAAGUUGUUACUGAUAGAAUAUGGUUGCAGUUUUAUGAGCACGUUCCCCUGUGAUGUGCUGUGUAGUGUGUAGAAUUACACACUAAUUCUACACACAAAAAGUUGUGUUAGAACAGUUUUUUUGCUUGUGCCUUGAUAUACAUGUUUUUAUUUUAAAAGGUGGCUGAAAUGUUAUAGUAAAUUUUCUCUGUUGAAGACAUUAUGAAAUCAAUUUUGUAAAUAUAAAGUGAUCUGAUCUUUUCCGAAGGUAUAUCCUUCAUUGAAUUCUACUUAACAGAAAUAACUACAUUUUUCUGAUUACUCAGAACUCAAAUCUAGUAGCGUGUUUAUUUAGCAGAUUAACAUAAAUUGAAUUUUUAAAAAUCAGUUUUCAUUCCUGAGAACUUCUUAAUUUCUUUGCUUUUAUAGAUGUUCAGUGUUGGCUGGGCACGGUGGCUCGUUCAUGUACUCCCCAAAACUCUGGAGGCUGAGGCAGGAGGAUUGCUUGAGGCUAGCAGUUCAAGACCAGCCUAGAUAACAUAGCAAAACCCUGUCUCUAAAAGAAUUUUUUUCAAAAAUUAGCUGGGCAUAGUGGCACGCAUCUGUAGUCCCAGUUGCUCAUGAGGCUAAGCCAGGAGGGUCACUUGAGCCCAGGAGUUUGAGACUGUAGUGAGCCAUGAUUGGGCCACUGCACUCCAGCCUGGGCAACAAAGCAAGAUGCCAGCUCUUUAAAAAGUAAAAUAAAAUAAAUUAAAUGUUCAGUGUUGCAAAAUAUAAAAGUUUAUUUCCAGUGUUUUCUGAGCAGUUGUUUCUGAAUUCUUGAAGUAAUUGUUUUGAGGAUGAUAGUUUUACCACAUUGAAGAGAUGGUGAGUAUGACGAUGCCAUUUUGCUGAUCAGAGGGAAUGCCUGUCUUAUUUUUAUUUUUUGUAGAGACAGGGUAUCUACAUGGUGACAUGUUGUCUGGGCUGGUCUUGAACUCCUGGGCUCAAGCAGUCCUCCCAAGCAGCUAGGAUCACAGAUGCGAAACACUGUGCCCAGUUGUCACUGUCCCUUUAAAAGGAGGGGAGUUGGAAUGUUUGUCCCUUUGUUCUGAGGUUGCCAGGGAGACCACAGAGGCAAGGCAGUUGGUCUUGAGGCUGAGGAAGAGGUGAGAGCUGGGGCUCAGCUUGGAAGUGUGGGCUUUGGGGCAAGGACCUAGCUAGAAAUUUUGGCACCUGGAACCUUUGAGUGUUGUGAUGUGACUGUUUGAAAGAGGAUAUAAGAGAAGUGUUUUUUAAAUACACGUGGUGAACUGUAUCGUGUUGAUUUUAGAGCUUACUCCACGGGAACAGCCUCUAGAUAAUCUGAGUUGUUGAAAAUACGAAGCCUGUUACUCGUGAACAGUGGCUGACAACAGUGGUGUUGUGAGCCUGGCUGUCUGCUUGGACCCAGAGGUUUCAUCUGCCGGGGUUUUUGGUUGUAUUUAGGAUUUCAGGGAAAAGUGUCCAAGCUUUCAGUGUUGGAGCAGGUAUGGACGACAAAGGCGACCCGAGCAAUGAGGAGGCACCUAAGGCCAUCAAACCCACCAGCAAAGAGUUCAGGAAAACAUGGGGUUUUCGAAGGACCACUAUCGCCAAGCGAGAGGGCGCAGGGGACGCGGAGGCUGACCCACUGGAUCCGCCACCCCCACAGCAGCAGCUGGGCCUGUCCCUGCGGCGCAGUGGGAGGCAGCCCAAGCGCACUGAGCGCGUGGAGCAGUUCCUGACCAUUGCGCGGCGCCGCGGCAGGAGGAGCACGCCUGUCUCCCUGGAGGAUUCUGGUGAGCCCACGUCCUGCCCUGCCACAGACGCUGAGACAGCCUCUGAGGGCAGCGUGGAAAGCGCUUCUGAGACCAGAAGCGGCCCCCAGUCUGCUUCCACAGCUGUGAAGGAACGACCAGCCUCUUGUGAAAAGGUGAAAGGAGGGGAUGACCACGAUGACACCUCCGAUAGUGACAGCGAUGGCCUGACCUUGAAAGAGCUUCAGAAUCGCCUUCGCAGGAAGCGGGAACAGGAACCCACCGAGAGGCCCCUGAAAGGGAUCCAGAGUCGCCUGCGGAAGAAGCGCCGAGAGGAAGGUCCCGCCGAGACUGUGGGCUCCGAGGCCAGUGACACUGUGGAGGGCGUCCUGCCCAGUAAGCAGGAGCCCGAGAACGAUCAGGGGGUUGUGUCCCAGGCUGGGAAAGAUGACAGAGAGAGUAAGUUGGAGGGAAAGGCGGCUCAGGACAUUAAAGAUGAGGAGCCUGGAGACUUGGGCCGACCGAAGCCUGAAUGUGAGGGUUACGACCCCAACGCCCUGUAUUGCAUUUGCCGCCAGCCUCACAACAACAGGUUUAUGAUUUGCUGUGACCGCUGUGAAGAAUGGUUUCAUGGCGAUUGUGUGGGCAUUUCUGAGGCUCGAGGGAGGCUUUUGGAAAGGAAUGGGGAAGACUAUAUCUGCCCAAACUGCACCAUUCUGCAAGUGCAGGAUGAGACUCAUUCAGAAACCGCAGAUCAGCAGGAAGCUAAAUGGAGACCUGGAGAUGCCGAUGGCACCGACUGUACGAGUAUAGGAACAAUAGAGCAGAAGUCUAGCGAAGACCAAGGGAUAAAGGGCAGAAUUGAGAAAGCUGCAAAUCCAAGCGGCAAGAAGAAACUCAAGAUCUUCCAGCCUGUGAUAGAGGCGCCUGGUGCCUCAAAAUGUAUUGGCCCCGGGUGCUGUCACGUGGCGCAGCCCGACUCGGUGUACUGCAGUAAUGACUGUAUCCUCAAACACGCCGCAGCGACAAUGAAGUUUCUAAGCUCAGGUAAAGAACAGAAGCCAAAGCCUAAAGAAAAGAUGAAGAUGAAGCCAGAGAAGCCCAGUCUUCCGAAAUGUGGUGCUCAGGCAGGUAUUAAAAUCUCUUCUGUGCACAAGAGACCAGCUCCAGAAAAAAAAGAGACCACAGUGAAGAAGGCAGUGGUGGUCCCUGCGCGGAGUGAAGCACUUGGGAAGGAAGCAGCUUGUGAGAGCAGCACGCCGUCGUGGGCGAGCGAUCACAAUUACAAUGCAGUAAAGCCAGAAAAGACUGCUGCUCCCUCGCCGUCACUGUUGUAUAAAUCCCCAAAGGAAGACAGGAGGUCUGAGGAGAAAGCGGCAGCCACGGCAGCCUCAAAGAAAACAGCCCCUCCAGGCUCCACGGUGGGCAAGCAGCCUGCACCUAGAAACCUCGUGCCAAAGAAAUCUUUUGCUAAUGUGGCAGCAGCCACACCAGCCAUUAAAAAGCCACCCUCAGGUUUCAAGGGCACCAUCCCCAAGAGGCCAUGGCUCUCCGCUACCCCAUCGAGUGGUGCUUCAUCUGCCAGGCAGGCCGGACCAGCACCUGCAGUGGCGACGGCUGCCUCCAAGAAGUUCACCGGCUCCGCUGCUUUGGUGGGAGCCAUAAGGAAGCCAGUGGUACCUUCUGUUCCAACGGCCUCGCCAGCCCCAGGACGCCUCGGGGCUAUGAGUGCCGUACCGUCGCAGCCAAAUUCACAAAUCCGGCAAAAUAUCAGACGCUCCUUAAAAGAGAUUUUGUGGAAAAGAGUCAAUGACAGCGAUGACUUAAUCAUGACAGAAAACGAAGUAGGAAAAAUUGCCCUCCAUAUUGAGAAGGAGAUGUUUAACUUGUUUCAAGUUACAGAUAAUCGCUACAAGAGCAAAUAUCGCAGCAUCAUGUUCAACCUGAAGGACCCUAAAAAUCAGGGACUCUUCCAUCGUGUUCUGCGUGAGGAAAUCUCUUUGGCGAAACUUGUGAGACUGAAGCCAGAAGAACUUGUAUCUAAAGAGCUUUCCACGUGGAAAGAGAGGCCAGCAAGAUCUGUGAUGGAGUCCAGAACUAAACUGCACAAUGAAAGCAAGAAGACGGCCCCCAGGCAGGAGGCCAUACCCGAUCUGGAGGACUCUCCGCCAGUGUCGGAUUCAGAGGAACAGCAAGAGUCAGCACGUGCUGUCCCUGAGAAGAGCACAACGCCACUCCUCGACGUCUUCAGCAGCAUGUUGAAAGACACCACCAGUCAGCACCGCGCACACCUCUUCGAUCUCAACUGUAAAAUUUGCACAGGCCAGGUUCCCUCUGCAGAAGAUGAGCCAGCUCCGAAAAAACAAAAAUUGUCAGCUUCUGUUAAGAAAGAAGACUUAAAAUCGAAGCAUGACAGCUCUGCACCUGACCCAGCUCCUGAUUCAGCUGAUGAGGUGAUGCCGGAGGCUGUGCCUGAAGUUGCCUCUGAGCCAGGCCUAGAAAGUGCUUCUCAUCCAAACGUGGACAGAACAUAUUUCCCUGGGCCUCCAGGAGAUGGCCAUCCCGAGCCCUCCCCGCUGGAAGACCUGUCCCCCUGCCCAGCCUCCUGUGGGAGCGGGGUGGUCAGCACCGUCACAGUGUCCGGCCGGGACCCCAGGACCGCUCCGAGCAGUUCAUGCACAGCCGUGGCCUCCGCAGCAUCCCGCCCAGACAGCACCCACAUGGUGGAAGCCAGACAGGAUGUGCCGAAGCCUGUCUUGACUUCUGUGAUGGUGCCCAAGUCCAUACUAGCUAAGCCAUCCUCAUCUCCUGACCCAAGAUACUUGUCAGUUCCUCCGUCACCAAAUAUCAGCACUUCAGAAUCGCGUUCCCCUCCAGAAGGAGACACGACCCUCUUUUUGUCUCGACUCAGCACCAUUUGGAAAGGAUUUAUUAACAUGCAGAGUGUGGCAAAAUUUGUCACUAAGGCGUAUCCCGUCUCUGGGUGUUUCGAUUACCUCAGCGAGGAUUUGCCUGACACAAUUCACAUUGGUGGGAGGAUCGCACCGAAGACAGUUUGGGAUUAUGUUGGCAAACUCAAGUCUUCUGUGUCUAAGGAGCUCUGUCUGAUCCGAUUCCACCCCGCCACAGAGGAAGAGGAGGUCGCCUAUAUCUCUCUCUACUCCUAUUUUAGCAGCCGUGGCCGCUUUGGUGUUGUAGCUAAUAACAACAGGCACGUCAAGGACCUCUACCUGAUCCCGCUGAGCGCCCAGGACCCUGUUCCAUCCAAACUCUUGCCCUUUGAAGGACCAGGUCUUGAGUCACCACGUCCGAAUAUAAUUCUUGGGUUAGUAAUCUGCCAAAAAAUAAAACGUCCCGCAAACAGUGGAGAGUUAGACAAGAUGGACGAAAAGCGGACCCGACUUCAGCAAGAAGAAGCGGAGGUUCCGGCCUAUCCAAAAGUAACCACAGCCCCGCAGUCCGAAAAGAAGCCCUCCAAGUAUCCACUCUACUCUGCAGACGCGGCUGUCAGCACCACACCUCCUGGGUCGCCGCCCCCUCCGCCCCCUCUUCCAGAACCACCGGUGCUAAAAGUGCUGUCAUCCCUCAAACCUGCAGCCACCAGCCCAGCCACAGCUGCCACAACAGCAGCAGCAGCCUCCACGGCAGCUUCCUCCACCGUUUCGUCUGCUUCCAAAACAGCAUCACCGCUGGAGCACAUCCUGCAGACUCUCUUUGGAAAGAAGAAGUCAUUCGACCCCUCCGCCAGAGAGCCUCCCGGGUCCACCGCAGGUCUCCCCCAGGAGCCCAAAACCACAGCGGAGGACGGGGUGCCGGCGCCUCCGCUGUUAGAUCCGAUUGUCCAGCAGUUCGGUCAGUUCUCAAAAGAUAAGGCUCUAGAGGAAGAGGAGGACGACAGGCCAUACGACCCCGAGGAGGAGUACGACCCUGAGAGGGCCUUCGACACUCAGCUUGUGGAGCGAGGGCGGCGCCACGAGGUGGAAAGGGCUCCUGAAGCAGCUGCAGCCGAGCGGGAAGAGGUGGCCUAUGACCCCGAGGAUGAGACCAUCUUAGAAGAAGCGAAAGUCACUGUUGAUGACUUGCCCAACAGGAUGUGUGCUGACGUGAGAAGGAACUCCAUGGAGAGGCCUGCCGAGCCGGUGGCCGGGGCUGCCACGCCUUCCCUGGUGGAACAACAGAAGAUGCUAGAAGAGCUGAACAAACAGAUCGAGGAGCAGAAGAGACAGCUGGAGGAGCAAGAAGAAGCUCUCAGGCAGCAGAGGGCCGCCGUCGGGGUCUCCAUGGCCCACUUCUCGGUGUCGGACGCCUUGAUGUCUCCACCACCAAAGUCGUCCUUGCCCAAGGCGGAGCUGUUCCAGCAAGAGCAGCAGUCUGCAGACAAGCCCGCCUCACUGCCCCCCGCCAGCCAGGCGUCAAACCACAGAGACCCCCGGCAGGCGAGGCGCCUAGCCGCUGAGACCGGUGAGGGGGAGGGGGAGCCUCCCUCCAGGCUCUCGGCACGUGGUGCCCAGGGUGCCCUGCCCGAGAGAGAUGCUUCCAGGGGCGGCCUUGUGGGCCAGGCGCCCAUGCCAGUCCCUGAGGAAAAGGAGCCAGCCUCUUCCCCCUGGGCUUCGGGCGAAAAGCCCCCAGCGGGGUCCGAGCAGGACGGCUGGAAGGCAGAGCCUGGGGAGGGCACCCGCCCCGCCACAGUUGGAGACAGCUCGGCCAGGCCUGCGCGGAGGGUGCUGCUGCCCACACCGCCCUGCGGCGCCCUGCAGCCCGGCUUCCCGCUGCAGCACGACGGUGAGAGGGACCCUUUCACCAGCCCGGGGUUCGUGUCGCAGGACAAGGCUCUCGGCCCAGCCCAGUAUGAGGACCCAAGAAAUCUUCAUUCUGCUGGAAGGAGCAGCAGCCCUGCAGGUGAAACAGAGGGGAACAGAGAGCCACAGGCCAGACCCGGCGAGGGCACCGCCCCGCUCCCCCCACCAGGACAGAAAGUGGGGGGCUCUCAGCCCCCGUUUCAGGGUCAGCGGGAACCUGGACCUCAUGCUUUGGGGAUGUCAGGGCUUCACGGCCCCAAUUUCCCGGGACCGAGGGGGCCAGCGCCUCCGUUUCCAGAAGAGAAUAUUGCUUCUAACGAUGGGCCACGAGGGCCUCCGCCAGCCAGAUUCGGAGCCCAGAAGGGGCCCAUCCCUUCCUUAUUCUCGGGGCAACAUGGGCCACCUCCUUAUGGGGACAGCAGAGGCCCCUCACCCUCUUACCUUGGUGGACCACGAGGAGUGGCACCAUCCCAAUUUGAAGAACGCAAGGAUCCCCAUGGGGAGAAAAGGGAGUUCCAGGACGCCCCGUAUAACGAGGUGACGGGCGCCCCCGCCCAGUUUGAAGGGACAGAGCAAGCCCCGUUUCUGGGAAGCAGAGGCGGCGCGCCUUUCCAGUUCGGAGGCCAGAGAAGGCCGCUGCUGUCUCAGCUGAAAGGCCCCCGAGGCGGCCCCCCUCCCUCUCAGUUUGGAGGUCAGAGAGGACCACCCCCUGGUCAUUUCGUGGGCCCAAGAGGGCCCCAUCCUAGUCAGUUUGAAACUGCCCGGGGCCCUCAUCCCAACCAGUUUGAAGGACCCAGAGGCCAAGCGCCUAACUUUAUGCCAGGUCCCAGGGGCAUUCAGCCUCAGCAGUUCGAAGACCAGAGGGUCCAUUCACCACCAAGAUUCACAAACCAAAGGGCGCCUGCACCCCUGCAGUUUGGUGGACUACGGGGGUCUGCACCCUUUUCUGAAAAAAAUGAGCAGACCCCUUCGCGAUUUCACUUCCAGGGCCAGGCCCCGCAGGUGAUGAAGCCGGGCCCCAGGCCCCUGCUGGAGCUUCCCAGCCACCCCCCGCAGCACCGGAAGGACCGCUGGGAGGAGGCCGGGCCGCCCUCCGCGCUCUCCUCCAGUGCGCCCGGACAGGGCCCCGAGGCCGACGGACAAUGGGCAUCGGCCGACUUCCGAGAGGGGAAAGGCCACGAAUACAGAAACCAGACUUUCGAAGGGAGGCAGAGAGAGCGGUUUGACGCGGGGCCCAAAGAGAAGCCGCUGGAGGAGCCCGACGUCCAGGGCCGGGCGUCCGAGGACAGGAGGAGAGAGCGCGAGCGCGGCCGCAACUGGAGCCGAGAGCGGGACUGGGACCGGGCCCGGGAGUGGGACCGACACCGGGACAAGGACUCCAGCCGGGACUGGGACAGAAACCGGGAGAGGAGCGCCAACCGCGACCGAGAGCGCGAGGCCGACCGGGGCAAGGAGUGGGAUCGCAGUCGGGAGCGGAGCAGGAACCGAGAGCGCGAGCGAGACCGGAGGCGCGACCGGGACCGGUCCCGGAGCAGAGAGCGGGACCGAGACAAGGCCAGGGACAGGGAGCGGGGCCGCGACCGCAAGGACCGGAGCAAGAGCAAAGAGAGCGCUCGGGACCCGAAGCCCGAGGCCUCGAGGGCCUCCGAUGCUGGCACCGCCUCGCAGGCCUAGACGCCCCGGCCGAGCAGAGACCCUUUUUAAAGCCACGUUCGUAAGAUGCGUUGAACAAAUAGCUUUGGAAAUAGCCACGAUCUUAGAUUCAGGAUGGAAUAUUCUGGACUUAAACAUUACUGUAAUUUUGUGUAAAUGGUUUCUUACAAGAUUUCACAUCUUUACAAUUCUGAUGCUUUUUUAAAAAAACUAAACUUUAAUAUUUCCAUUUAAAAUUAAAGAAAUGGGAAAUUGCCUACAGAGCAUAUUGCUUUUCAGAUCAUAGUUAUCUUUUCCAAUAACUUUAUUGUAAAUUUUAAGGGAGUUUCAUUGGACCCUAGAGCCACACCUUCACUGACAUCUCAUCUGUUUGUGUUUCCAAAAGCUGCUUUUACAAGUCUUAGCCGCUGUCCCGGAGGCCGGUGUGGGCGUGACCUGCAGGCGUCCCCCCUGCGGCUAGGCUACGGGAGAAGUGUUAGUAGCUUGUAUCUGGAGUCUUGAGAAACACAAACCUUAUAAAUGCAUCUUUCUUUUGUCAUAAAAUUUGAAUUACAGUUUUCAACUGGGAAACAAAAACACAUUUCUUAGUGUGCUCAGAUUUUAUAUAUCACCUUAUCAAUUUUUUCAAAAACAUGAUUUAAAGCAACAUCUGUCUUGGUAUAAUUGUUGCAUUUUAAAUAACAAUUUAUUGGAAAAUGUUAAGUUUUACCAGCCUAAAAAAAAGUAACAAACCAAUUAAGUGUACUUUGGGGGCGGGUAGGAGUCCUUGAUUUGAAUAAUCAGGAGUUUUGUUCGUCCAAUUUCACCUUCUGAGCAGUUCUUCUGUAUCCCGGGAAAAGUACACUCAGCCCCAAACUGGUAUUUGUCAGACGAUACAUUUAAAAGUUUGUCCUUGAAAGUGGAACAAUACUUGUAUAAAGUCUGAGAUGGGAAAUAGUGAUUAUUAGCUCAAGAACUGCAAAUGAGAUAGGAAGCUGUUCACUGUGAAACAGUCUCUUGCUUGUCGUGUAUUUUUCGAGUACUUCUGAAGUGUGAAGUAAAAAAAUCUGGCUAAUUUAUUUGUACAAAUACACUUUGAUAAUUUUUUAUAUUUUCAUAAACUUUUACAGAUGUAAAAUUAAAGAACUUCACUUGUUCUUUGGAGUCUGUUAUUCCAUUGUACGUCACUACAGAUUUUUCACUUUAUAGCACAGAUUUUUUAAGUUAAGAAAACAUUGAGAAUGUAUCAGUUUGAGAUGUUUGGUGUUGAAAGCCAAGUGUCCAUAGGUUAAAUUACAUUAAAGUAGGUGUCACGUUCCAACAUCUAGUAUGAUGAGAAGGUUUUGUUUGUUUAUAAAGCAAAUUUUUCUAAUUUAAAUACACAAAUGUAAAAAUCAAGUGUGUUUCUUUAGUUUACUUGAUAGAGAUUCCUGUAAAUUGUAUUUUAUAUUGCGGAGGCUUAUAUCACUGUACAUGAGAACAUGGAACGACCUAGGUUUUGUUACUUGCAGUAGAAUAAACAGCUACAGGAAGUUUC